AUGAUACGUGACUGCUCCAUCAAGGUGGCUCCAGACGCUUGCUCCUACAGCGUACUCAUCGGCUGCUUCUGCCGCAUGGGCCGCCUGGAGCAUGGCUUCGCCACCUUUGGCCUCAUCCUUAAGACGGGCUGGAGGGUGAACGACGUAGUAGUCAUCAGUCAACUGCUAAAAGGUCUAUGUGACGCAAAGAGGGUGGGUUUCUGCAAUGUAAAGAGAGCUGAGGAGGCACUUGAGCUUCUGCACAUGAUGGCUGAUGAUCAAGGGGAUUGCACCAGAUUUGUGACAUAUGCCACAGUAAUUGACGUCCUGUGCAAAGCUCAAUUGGUUGACAGGGCCAAGGGUGUAUUUCAGCAGAUGAUUAAUAAAGGUGUUAAGCCAAAUAAUGAAACAUAUACUUCUCUGAUCCAUGGAUACCUCUCUACUGGACAGUGGAAGGAAGUGAUCCGUAUGCUUGAAGAAAUGUCCACACAUGAUCUAAAGCCAGAUUGUUUUACUUAUGCGUUGCUGCUGGACUACCUAUGCAAAAAUGGAAGAUACGGAGAAGCUAGAAUUUUUUUUGAUUCUAUGAUUAGGAAGGGCAUAAAAUCUGAUGUAACUAUCUAUGGCAUUUUGCUUCAUGGAUAUGCUACCAAAGGUGCUCUUUUUGAAAUGCAUAGUUUCCUAGAUUUGAUGGUAGGAAAUGGUAUCUCACCUAAUCAUCACAUCUUUAACAUAAUGUUCUGUGCAUAUGCUAAGAAGGCAAUGAUAGAUGAGGCAAUGCAUAUAUUUGACAAAAUGAGGCAGCAAGGGUUGAGUCCUAAUGUCGUCAGCUAUGGAGCACUAAUAGAUGCACUAUGCAAGUUAGGCAAGGUGGACGAUGCUGUGCUCCAAUUCAAUCAGAUGAUCAAUGAAGGAGUGACUCCUAACAUUGGUGUUUUUAACUCCCUUGUUUAUGGACUCUGCGCCGUUGACAAAUGGGAGAAGGCCGAGGAAUUAUUUUUUGAAAUGUUGGAUCAAGGAAUCCGUCUUGACGCAGUGUUCUUCAACACAUUAAUGUGUAACUUAUGCAAGGAAGGGCGGGUCAUGGAAGCCCAAAGGCUCAUUGACUUGAUGGUACGUGUGGCUGUAAGGCCUAAUGUUAUCUCAUAUAAUACAUUAGUUGAUGGCCACUGCUUAACUGGUAGAAUCGAUGAAGCGGCGAAGUUACUUGAUGUAAUGGUCUCAAUUGGCCUGAAACCUGAUGAAGUUACUUAUAAUACUUUGCUUCAUGGCUACUGCAAAGCUCGAAGGAUAGGUGAUGCAUAUAGCCUUUUCCGAGAAAUGUUAAUGAAGGGACUUACACCUGGAGUUGUGACUUAUAGUACUAUAUUGCAUGGUUUGUUUCAGACCGGGAGAUUUUCUGAAGCGAAGGAAUUCUAUCUCAAUAUGAUCAACAGCAGAACACAGUGGGAUAUCUACACAUACAACAUAAUUCUAAAUGGUCUUUGCAAAAAUAAUUGUGUUGAUGAAGCAUUCAAAAUAUUUCAGAGCAUGUGUUCUAAGGAUCUUCAACUUAACAUUGUUACAUUCACCAUUAUGAUUGGUGCUUUGCUCAAAGGUGGCAGAAGGGAAGAUGCUAUGGAUUUGUUUGCUACUAUCUCUGCUUAUGGUUUGGUUCCGAAUGUUGAGACCUACCGCUUAAUAGCAGAAAAUCUCAUAGAAGAAGGGUCACUUGAGGAGUUUGAUGGUCUGUUUUCAGCAAUGGAAAAGAAUGGUAUUGCUCCAAACUCAUGUAUGUUAAAUGCUCUAGUUAGGAGGUUGUUGCAUAGAGGUGACAUAAGCAGGGCUGGGGCUUACCUCUCCAAACUUGAUGAGAAGAAUUUCUCACUUGAGGCUUCCACUACUUCCAUGCUUAUAUCACUUUUCUCGAGGGGUGAAUAUCAGCACCAUGCAAAGUCUCUGCCUGAAAAGUAUCGUUUCCUCAAUGAAGUCAACAGUUGA